CCUCCGAAGCCGCCUAGCCGCUUCCUGUCUGUUGUGUUUUGGUUUCUGUUUUUACUUUUUAGCGCUUGCUUGGUUUCUCUGUCUGUGGCCUACCUGAGUUCCGUAAUCUCUUGCGCUCCUGCUUUCUCCAAGUAAUUGCACGGCAUAACUGCCAUGACAUCUGUGGAGCUAAGUCGUCAGUCGCAGAGACAUUUGGCGUUCGUCUCGCUCUCUUUGGGAUUCCUAGUCAUUUGGACAGCUGUCCUGGCUGGUGUGCUGAUAUCCAAGACACUCAAGGACGAUACGAGUUCCAAGGCAGCAUUGGGGACGCUCAAGAUGCACGAGGAUAUCGCCAAAGUUACCUUUGCUUUGGGUCACGAAAUGGUGUCAACAGUAGACUGGCUACUCUCCGACAGUUCUACAGGAGAGUCAAGUGCUGACCAGCGCGCCUUGGCCUUGACUUGGCGAGUCACCGACGAUGUGCUUGCAUCCGCAUCACCAGACGUUGGCACAACAGCCCGCUUGGCUGUUUUCCGCCAGACCGUCAGACGAAACUUCACUUCUCCUCUGGACACCUCUUCAUUUUACCUUUCCCUGUGCAACACCCUCCUGCACCGGCACUUAUUUCCUAACUCACCAGAUGAACCAUCUGCGACCCUGGCACACGCACUCUUUGUUCGAGGUAUGUCCAUGAGGAUGGGCCAGCUAGCCUUGGGCACAAUUUAUGUGCGCUCGGCAGCAGACGUCAAUGUCACCGAGUAUGCUGGCCUGGGCGCAGUCAGCCAGGAGUUGCUUGAAACUGCCUUUCACCUUGGACCACGCGCUCGUGCACGCUGGGCGCAACUGCAGGAAAGGAGGCCCACAACUGCCUUGGACGAUGUGGCUGAGGAUAUGGCAGCGGGUGGAACCCGGAAGGCCAAGCUCGCGCCAGUGUUCCUAGAAGAAGUGAAGCAGCAGCUUGCACUGCUGUUGAUGGCCCGUGAAGUUUUAGGAAACAGCUUGCAGGCAUGGGCCCAGCGAGGGGAGCGAGGUGCGCGCGCAGCUCUGGCGUUCCACAGUUCCAUAGCUGGAGUGGCGUUAGUGGCAGUUCUGUUGUGCCUCAUUGUCGUGGGCUGCUCGCUCAGAGAUCUUGGUGCACGUGAAUGCAAAUCUGACCUGGCUCCCAUCAUAGUCCCACCAGAAAAGUCACACUGUUAUAUGUAGUGUUGGCUAAAAGGCUGGCAUAAGCACACACAUGGCAUUUGUUUGGUCUGAGCUGCUUGGCAGAGAUAAGAAAUGCUCGCUAAUUGCACGGCCAAUUAAGUCGUAAAAGUGGCACUAAUGUAAAUGGCUGCAAGGUUAUUACGAAGCGUAAAUGUGGCGACAGUUCGUAACGAUAAGUGAUAUACUUUCUUGUGUUCAUUUUCUCAUAAAAGACAGGAACUCAGUCUGAGAAGCGAACAGUAGCAGCAAUACCGUCCAAACCCGUUGAAGUCUGUGCAGAUUUUCCUCGUAUCAUUUGGUUUUAUGUAGAAGUCACAGAUGACUCUAAAUUAGAAGUAAUUUGGAACAGUGUCACGUGGUGUUGAUGAGGUUAAGGGCUACAAAAAUGUUCUUGAUUGGCUCAAUCAGAGACACUUGUUAACUUUACAGCUAGCUUGUCUGGAGCUAAUGUGAGCCAUGUAAAGUACCAAAAAGCAGGUGUGGGAAUGCUGUCAGCCCCACUAAUAGGCAUCCAUGCACACCUGUGGGGGGAGAAGUUUGAACAGAAUGUUGCACAUAUUUUUUCUUACAGUAAUGCGCCUUGCGCAAAUUUAAUGUUAUGAAUAAAUGAAAGGAAGCUUCACUUGAUGUAUGAAAAUUAAGUCUGGUAAGGUAUUUGUAAUUAUUCCUGGUAUGUACCAUAUUCUUUGCCAAAACAAACUCCCCAUAUUGUGCGUACUUCUGAAUUAUAGUUCAUAUAGUGUGUAUUUUGUGAUCAAAGCCCAAAUUUGUUACUUUCAAAGAAACAUUGCAUACCAGUAUGCAAGAGGCAGCAUAGCCACGCCUGUAUUGGAAGCUGUGGUUCUUACUACAUGUAUGGCCCCUUUCAAAGUGCAGCAGCCAAAAUAUUUUGGCAAAUGGUGCAUUGUUAAAUAAGUGACAAAUAAUUUGAAAUAUUCUGCGUUCUUUCAAUAUUAGCAACAACAUUGAAAAAUGACGAAAACGAAGAAUGGGGGUUGGGAGGGGGAGCCUAUAGCGACAUUAAAGGCAAAUAUGCCUGCUGUGACGUUAACAUAGACUCACGUUUUAAAAACAACCUUCUUUUUUUAGUCUUCUGGUGAAUUCAUGUUAACGAGAUGCAAGUGAAGGAUUGUGCAUAUACACUCGGACUUGCCCCUUUUUGACUUCAUAUAUUGCAUGUUACCUGUAUAAGCAGCACAAUAUUUUUAUUACAUUCCAUUGUAUACGCACCCUGUGCAACAUGCAGAGUUUCUAAACUGAUGAUUUUGUUUGGCAGCCUCCACAAACUUAAGGCCACGAAAUAAAUGCCUCUUUAUAUACAUGGGUUGCAGGGAUAGCCUUUUGCACAAUAACUGGGGCAGGUAUAAUGUAAGAAUUCCUUGUGUUCGAUUCUGUCUUCUUUUUUUUUUUCUUUCUGCUUAUUUACCGGGCAUGAUCGGCUGAUCCUGGUGAUUCCAUAGUUGGAGUGGUGCUCAGGCCACUGACAAGGAAAUGCAUUGGAAUAGAAUUGUUACAUCAUCCCUCCCUUGGUUUCUUCGUUUAUGUACUACAACCCAAUGACUGUCUACAAAUGCUGUAUAAUGGGAGCAUGAAUCUCUUUACACAUAUCGUCAGCAUGUGAGUGACUUUGUAUUUUGUAUCAUAUCUGUAGUGUGUGCUCUGUUUUCUCAUUUGCUAUUUAUUGACCUUUUUACCUGUCAUGCUGUUCAGGUGAAAGGUUGCUGCACUGUACUGAACUGUGAUUGCAAAGAAGUGUUAGAUUGCAAAGAAGUGUUAGGCAGUUCCCAACCGUCAUAUCAGUGUUGUUAUACCAGUAUACCUGUUACGUGCACCAACUAUUUAUUGCCACACAUGAGAGCGACUUCUAUAUUGUUGCGCACUGCCUAGAAGGUAGCAACAGCGUUCACUGCCCACUCAAGUGCCUAGAAGUUUAGCAUAACACAUAUUGACUUGCAAGUCACUUAUGCAUGAAGCAAGCAGUUCAAAAGCACAGUGUUUUAGAGCCUGUGGCCACAUAUACUUGAUGUCUCAUAAGUUUUUUUGGCACAAGAUGUGAUCAUGAGAAGUUAUACUGCUAUUUUUAAUGUUACCUCGCAUUGCAUGUUUAAUAGAAAGCCUAUGAGUGCUUGUCUAAUAGCAGGCCCUUUCAUAAGGAAAAUGUUUCCAUUUUUCCACUUUACUUUUAAAUGUCCACGGUAUUUUGUGUGGUGGGCCGAAAGGCAAAAAUAAAUGGCAUUUACAUUUA